UUCAAAAGCACAUGAGGUAAUUGCUUGAUUAAACUAGGAAUGUUAAUAUAUUUUAUUUUUGUCUUUUUAGGUUUAUGGACAAAUUUUGCACUGAAAUAAGGAGCAUCAACAAGCCUCAUUUGCCCCCAUAAACUGUGACCUCAUUGGUUUUCAUCAUUUACAUCAUAAAAUGAAGUGUUAAGAUCUAGUUAUGUUGUGGAUUUUUUUAUGACAUAUAUACCUGUAUACACUGGACAUAUACUCACAUAUAUACUAUGUAAUCACAUAUAUUUGUAUACACCAUACACACCUAUACUGUAGUGUUUUAUAUAUUGGAAUCACUGUGUUAAGCAUUUAACCUACAUGCUCGAAAUCACAAGACCCAUAAAUUGAGGUCAAAUAUUAUCUACAUCUAAUAAAGUUUGUGCCACUUGUUGUAUGAGCACAUGCUGAUGAAUACUAUUUGAAAUGUAAUAAUUGGGAUCAAUAAGUAACCUCUGAUAGUGUUAUGGCCAACCCCAUCCAAACAUAGGGUUAAUUCAACUUGGCACUGCUGAGGAUGCACCUGAGACUCUUUUCUCCCAAAGUUGUGAAAAACCUUUCUUUAUCAAAUAUAGUGGCCCACCUCAAACCAGAGUUUGCCAAGGUUGUCAGGAUGAUUAACUGUUAUCUGUGAGAUUUGUAGACUUUUGGACUCACUCUGGCCAUAAAACUGAUGGCCCCAGGCCCAUCCAGACCGGGGCCCAGUGCAGCAGUGCCCCCCGGCCCCAGAGAGCCUGGGACAGUCCACCCAACCCCACCGCAGAGAAAACUGCACCCACCCCACCAUCCACUCAUCUUCCAGACUACAUAAGACAAUAGACGCCCAGGCUGAGAGAAUGACGUUCCUGAUGUGAGCGAAUGAGUUACACAUUUGCUGCAGUACUUCUACACGGCAUCAUCAGGAAUUCCACAUUUUCCUGAGUUUGUGACUGUGGGCGUGUUAGAUGGGCAGCCAUUCACGUACUAUGACAGUAAAAUAAAAAAAGAGAGUCCCAAGCAGGACUGGAUGGCAAAGAGUGAAGGAGCUCUGUACUGGGACAGACAGACUCGGGCAUCCAUCGCGGAUGAGCAGAUCUUCAAAGGGAACAUUGAAUUUGUGAAGCAGCGCCUAAAUGAAACAGGGGGUGUGCAUGUUUAUCAGGAGAUGUAUGGCUGUGAAUGGGAUACUGAAACAAAUAAUGUGACCGGCUAUGAUCAGCUGGGUUACGAUGGCGAGGACCUUUUGGCGUUUGACCUUAAGACAGAGACGUGGAUCGCUCCAAAGCAGCAGGCAGUCAUCACUAAACAAAAGUACGACUCUGACAGAGCUCUCUCAGCCAGACAGAAGAACUACUUCACUCACAUUUGUCCCGAGUGGCUGAAGAAGUAUCUGAACUAUUCAGGGAGCUCUCUGAGGAGAACAGUUCUUCCCUCAGUGUCUUUCCUCCAGAAGUCUUCCUCCUCUCCAAUCACCUGCCACGCUACAGGUUUCUAUCCACACAAAGCCAAACUGUUCUGGAGGAAAGAUGGGAAAGAGCUUCAUGAGGGUGUGAACAGAGGAGAGAUCCUGCCCAACAAUGAUGGGACCCUCCAGAUUUCUGCUGAUCUGGAUCUUUCAUCAGUCAAACCUGAGGACUGGAGGAGCUACGAUUGUAUGUUUCAGCUCUGUGGUGUGAAUAAGGACAUCAUCACCAGACUGGACAGAGCAGUGAUCAGAACCAAUGAAGGAAAUUCCCUCUUCAUGAUCAUCCACAUGAUUCUUGCUCUGGGUGUUCUUGCUGUGAUCACUGUGAUUGUAUUCAUUAUCUACAAAAAGAAGACAGACAAACGACCUCCAUCUCCUGUAGAAAACCGUGAGGUCCAAGAGAAAAUUAUUCCUUAUGAAGCCUAAAUGACAGACAUCACUGCUCACAGUGAGUUCAUACAUUAAAUGGACUUUUUCCUGGGUAGUGUAACAGCCUUCAAAUGUAUUGGAGGUCAACGUUCAUCAAUGUGGGGUCAGCUGGCUACCUGACUACACUGAAUGAACAGAUUUUUCCAUUAAUACAUUUUGUCUUCCCUGAUGACA